CUAAUUGCUACCUUUGGUGAUUUAGUUUUUAGCAGAGGCUUUGAGUUUUUAGGGAGAAAAUGGUGAGAAUCAGUGUACUCAACGAUGCUCUCAAGAGCAUGUUCAAUGCCGAGAAACGUGGCAAGAGGCAGGUCAUGAUCAGGCCUUCUUCCAAAGUCAUCAUCAAGUUCCUCAUCGUUAUGCAGAAGCACGGUUACAUCGGUGAGUUUGAGUAUGUUGAUGACCACCGAUCCGGCAAAAUCGUUGUGGAAUUGAACGGAAGGUUGAACAAGUGUGGCGUUAUUAGCCCACGUUUUGAUGUUGGUGUUAAGGAGAUUGAAAGUUGGACUGCCCGUCUGCUUCCUUCCAGACAGUUUGGGUACAUUGUGUUGACUACUUCUGCUGGUAUCAUGGACCAUGAAGAAGCAAGGAGAAAGAAUGUUGGAGGCAAGGUUCUCGGCUUCUUCUAUUGAGAGAUCUUUUUUUAUGGCGAAAGAGACUUCUUUCAGUUUUUUUUUCUUAUAACUUUUGCCAUCCAUUUUCUUGGAGACUAUUGUUUUUUUUUUAUUUCGAAUUUUGUGGUAACUUUUUGUUGGAUAGUUCUUAAAUUUACUCUUUCUGGUCUCGACUUCUUGAAAGAUUUAUAUCCCAUCUAAAAAGUCUCCAGCUUAUGUAGACCGUCAGGCUUUUUAUGCCUCUAAUCUCUCUUCAAUGAUACCUGAUCACUGUAAGCAAUUAUUAAUCCAAAUGCAUAACUAUUUCAGUAUACCAUCUGUACGAUGGAUACAAAUACAAUCAUGCUGAUACAUAAUUUUUUAAGAACUAAAGUAGAAAUGAAAGAAAUUGCCUUGCACAAUUUUGCGGGAAAAUUAGAUGUAUAUAGUAAGAUACGAACACAUCACUGUUGUUCUGAUUAAUAGAACCUGGAAACAAAAAAAACUCUUCAAGAACAAGAAGCAAGAAACAAAGUACUGACUGCCAAAGGUUGCAUGGUUGCCCAAUUUUCUAAUUCUAUUUUUUUUCUUCGAUAAAAAUCGAUCACACCUCAUUAGAAAA